AUGACUAAACGAGGGAAUCAUGAAGCUUUUUGGAAUGAGCGAGAGAUUAGAAGUAACACAUUCUCAAAGACUUUACUAGCGUCCUCUAUUAUUAGUGGGAAAGGUAAAGCCGAUGAUGAUCAUUGCUUUAAAUAUACAAGGAUUCCAGAGGUUACAUCUGGCAUGCCAUUGACCCCUCGUCAAGGAUUGAAACGAAACAGCUUGAGCAGUGAGAAUAUCGGUAACAGCAAGAUAUUUAAGAAGGAGUUUCCUUUUGUGGAUACAUGUGUCCAACGAACGCUUGGAGAGGAAAGGAAAGAUGGAAUUUUGCUUCCCAUUAAGACAUCCCUGCGGGUACAACCCAGUGGAGCAUUAAAGGAACAGUUUUUACAAUGGACAAGGCAGUAUCAUCCGAAGGAGCUCAAGCUGAAGGGAGAUGAAUCUGUCCGCAAGCAGCCCAACGUGGCCACGCUCACGCGCCAGCAGCGUGUGUCACAGUCUAGCCGGGAAAGUUGUGAACGCAGGGUCUCUUCAAGCAGCGAUGACUGGAAAGGCAUUUACUUGACUAAUCUUCAUAGGCGCCACAGGCUCAUCGUACGCCACCCCGGUAGUUUACCCGAAUUUGAGCCCACAGAGAGGGGGGAGAAAAAAAUCAGCUUGGCACCAGAAGAGUUCCCGACAUUGAAUAUGGAAGGAGGCGUUGAGCCACCGAUUGGGGUUAGGCAACCAAAUGUACAUCGAGUCACUUUGCUUUAUGAAGAGACGGUCGAGCCGCGGUUGGCAUUGUCCCGCACGCCGCCCUUUUCCACUCAUCCUCCGGGGAAAAUUAUUUGGAGCGAGCAGGCGCCGGAUAAAAUAUUGAAUUCAAAUGAAGGUGGCGAUUGUUCUUCGGAGAUAAUAAGGGGACAUGCUGCGGAUUUGACGGCUUUUUGUCGGAUGAGGCAACGCUCGGUGGAAAACACCAGUGACAAUUCCACACACAAAAGCCCCUUACGGAACUUAUUGCCUGUAUUAACCGGUGUAGGAACCGCGAAUAAAAAAUGCACGGGGAAUGGCGUUCAAAGCCCAAAGGCAACAAGUCACCGGUACGUAUCCCUCUCAGAAGUGGAGGAAAUGCCACCGAGGCCCGUCCAAGACGUCCCAGAAGCAACGAAUUCACACGAGAAGGAAAUUUUUUCGUUGAAAAGCCAGUUGGAAAAUAUUCCGUCGACAAAUUUUUCCAAAAUUUAUGGAUCCUUGGAUGCAGUUGGGGGAGACCGCACAAGUGGCUUUGGGGGAAAAUUAACCUCCACAGAAGAAUCUCCAAGGAAGAAAAAGAGGAGGGGCUCCGAUUGGGCCAAGUCAUUGCUGCGACGGGCAUUAUCCCACUCAAUUGAAGCGAAGACGGACAUUACUAAAAAUGACAGUAAACUCAACUACCCACAACAGAGGCGUACCUCACCGCUUUCAUUAAUCUUUGCAGGGAAGGCGAUGGAGAUGAAUCUACCCGUAUUUGCUUUGCCUUCCCCCACUUUUCAGAGGCAUUCUGUUGCGUCGCAGAAUACACAGCACUCGUUACUGUCCGACGCCAAUUUCUUCUUUUCUGGCACCACAGGAAGGAGAAGAUACGAUGCCAGUGCAUUUAAAUCGGUUAUUACGGCCUCAAGCAUCUGUAAUAUGAGUAAUGGUGGCACCACGUUGAAAGAUCCGCAGCCUCCCUCGACGCAUUCAAGUAAAUCUUCCAUGCAACUCAGCGAGAAUUACUCAACUUGUAUUUUUGACAGUGAUUUUAUUUAUGACGGGGUGAAUUUGGAUUUUCCAAAGAAAAGUUUACAAAAGUCACUGAUGAGCAAUCGGUCGGAGGCGGAAAGUGGAAUGGGGUUUUUCAGCGCGACGCAAUGUUUCUCGCCCGUGAUACCGUUUGCCGUCUUGCAUCCCAGCAGGAGCAGUGGCAGCCAGCUUGGAUUUAAGGACACCGGGGCUGAGCCGCGUUAG